AUGUCUCCAUUUCCAUUUUGGAAAAUAUUUGGUUGGUCACUAGUUUUCCUCAUCGUGAUAACUGCGUGCUCAGAAGCUUUUAAGAAUCGUAAAGCAAAACACGCACAUACGACUUUCAAGAAUGUCACUUCAAGACAUCAUGACAAAAGGACUGCACUUCCUGACUUGUUCACUAGAGAUCUGCAAGCCAAGUGGCUCGCCAAAUUGGGCAAAACCCUUUGUCUCGAUAUGUCUACAUCAUUGACACCUCAGGCGGCGAGUACAGCAUUUGAUCCCAAAGCCGUCGUGCAAAGCCUGGUUGAUCUCCUGAAAGAGGAGCCUGGAAUCGACUCUAAAUAUUAUGAAGGGAUAGCCAAACUGAAGGAUGACCCUGAUUUUGAAAGAGUUACAAGGGAGUUUGACGAGGCCGUCAGCGGACAAAGAAAUAUGAUCAAUAUUGGAAAGGACUUGCCGGAAGUACAGCAAGCAGAAUCCCAGACCAUCCUAGAUGUCGGCCUGAGAGGUGAAGUGAUUACUGGAGAAACGUCAGAUAAAGAAAAUGACUUGAUAAGAUACAGUACCUACAUAUCAGGAGCAGGAUCAACCUUUGGUGGAACGAUGGCCGCUUUUCCUCAAACUAUAAAGGACUUAACAGAAGGUGCGAUGGCAGGAAUAAGUUAUCAACAUGAUAAACUGGCUUACAAACUAAAGAAUGGAAUCACAGUCGAUGUCCUUAGACAAGAAAAUGCCGAUGCAAUGAUCAGAAAUAAUAUCCAACCUGAAGUCGAACUACGUCUACAAAGAACUGGUAUGGACGAUAUCCAAGAUGUAGUUGUUUCAGAAUCCUUUGAGAAGAUCAAGAACCUUCCAGGAACCGGACCUGAUGUAGAUCAAACACAGUUGACCCAACAGAAUUUUAAUACCCAAAAGAAAGCGGGAAUACAAAGAGGAAAGCUUAAAUCGACAAAGAUUGGCGAUAAACUUGCGUCGGGGAUUGGUUUUGGAGUCGAGAGUGCUACAACGGGUUUUACAUUAGCACAGGGAGGAAUCGAUGUAAUCGCUGGAAAUGAUGUCAUAAAUAGAGCAAAAACUUUAAGAGAAAGCGACAGUAUUGGUGAAACAGAAUACARUGAGAUGAUGAGGAAUGGUAGACUGCGAGUUGCCCAAGGAACGUUUGGUCUCGCUAGUGGAAUGAAAAAUGUUGUGCAGUUUGCUGGAAAAAGAAUUGAAAAAAAUAUCAUCGACAMAUUARSACAGGCUGGUACAGAYACCUUAGAUCAGCUCAAAMGGUUCGGAUCUGUUGUUGGCGGMGUCAUUUCAGUUGGAACUAGCAUAACUUCAAUGACAAAGAAUGCUAUUGCUGCAAGUGACGCUUCAAAACAAGGACUGACAGGGAAAGCCAUAGUGUAUGGUGUUAUGGCAGCGGUUGAUGGAGUUACAGCUAUUCUUGACGGUGCAAGUGUGGCGUUAGAUUUUGUAUUUCCACCUCUAUCAGCAAUUGUAGAUCUUGUSAGCACCGUCUUACAAGUCAUUAACACAAUUCUCGGUUUCUUAGCUGACUUGGUCGACUGGCGAACAACUGCACAGCGGGUUCGCGACGAAUUUGCACAGUAUACAUCGUCCAAAGCAUUCAAUGACUAUAUUGACAAUAUGGAAAAAACAUACAAGGAUAGAGGGUUUGAUAUCUUCACGUACUACACUGACGCAGAGGCAGCAGGCAUCAAUGCUGACACAGAGACCUUGCAAGCUGAAAAAAUUAAAAUAACCCGAUGUUUGACGACCAAUGCAAAAGAAGAUUUCAACAACCAGGAUCUUCGAGUAGCGUUGGUUUGUGCAACAUCUCUUGGUCAAACAUUGACUGGAAGAGCAAACGACGACGAGAUUCUGGCAGGUUUUGGUCCAGAUGAAGUUUAUGGUAAAGAAGGUGAUGACAUCUUGUUUGGACGAGGGGGUGACGACUCUAUAUUUGGYGGACCUGGUCAUGACUACCUAAACGGCGGAACAGGAAGAGAUAUUCUGUUGGGAGGAGAAGGUGACGAUACCCUUGCCUGCGAACCUGCUGUUGAUGAGCGAUGCGAAGGGCAAGAAGGACGCGAUGUUCUACAAAUUGCCGGUCCAGCUCUGAUUUACAAAGAGUUYGACAGUCAAAAGUGCUUCGUAAUUGGUCCAGAAUGGGAGACACACAUGCAACCCAAAAGGACAUCACCCGUAAAAGGAAUUUACCUAGAUAUUGGAUAUACCUCGGGAUCCGGAUCCACAGCCCAAAAAGGAAGAUCUGGAAUAAGUCUGGGAUCAAGUUUUAAAGGAUGGCCGGAUGGCUUCRUYGAAUUUGUUCACAAACCAGCAUUCGACACCUCGCCUGCCUGUAAUCUUCAACAGAAAUUCCUCGAUUUUUUCAAUGCCAAAGGACCUCAGAGUUUAAGUAAYGCAGAAGAAUUGAAAAACAAAAUGCUAUGGUUUAUGGCUGAAACAGUAGAUAAAAAGUACUUCGCUGAUGGAGUAUCCCUGUACGAAGUGUCCACCUCUACUUCAUCGAUACGAAAGGCUAACAAUGCUAUUAGCRRUCUGAACACYGRCUACGCUAAACUUGAAAACGAUCUAUUAACGGCAAACCCAGCAGACAAGAAAGUUGAAGCUCUUUUGGUAUUUGCAUUUAAGAAGAGUUUUGUGUUUGAUGAUUUUGUACGAUUUUCCGCUGCAUCGCCAGACAAUUUAGAAGUCCUUGCUCACUACAUUCCAACAACGAUGAUUGGUAGUGAUGAGGACAAUACCAUCGACGUAUCGUAUAGUCUUGGAGAUAUGGUGUUUACUGGUGAAGGUAAUAAUGUGGUAUCAGUAGGAUCGACAUUAAACUGGUAUCGUUAUACCGACCUCGAUGUUACAGGGGGAUCAGGUCAAACUUCCGGUUUUUACAAAUGGGCAAAGUACGUCGUUGGUGGUACUGGCGAAAACACUUUGGUUAUCCAGUACAUGCCUCCACCAGGAACAAGUACUGAAAUUCGAAAUUAUGGCCGAUGGGUGCUUCGAAAUACCGACAGCGAAUUUGAUGGUGACAUUAGGUAUUCCCAUGUUCUGUACUUGAAAAAUAUACAAUCAGUCGAGGUACACGCCCCUCCGAAUGACGAACAAAAAAAUAUUUAUAUAGAUGCCAAGUACUAUGAUGGAGCAGAAAGAUACAUUCUUGACCGAACGACAUUUUUCUGGGGUCCUCUUUCAACUGAAAAAGACGUAAUGGUGCUACCAAGAAGAAUCAAGGGCACGAAUACAAUCGAAUUUGGUCCGAAUACAAAAAACACUCUUUCAUUCAAACAUUAUGAAGAUGAAGAAUACAAAAUUCGUGAAAUUAAUAUAUAUCAAGAAUUUGAAACAAAUAAUGGAUGGGUCCUCCCGAAGUCAGGACAAAAAAUAUGGGUGAAGCAUGCACUGAAUGUAAUCAGCUUCUCUUCGUGUGAAAGAAUCAUUGGCAGCAAGAGUGCCAACCUCAUCAUUGCAGAGGGAGGACAGACAACCGUSGAGGSUARAGAUGGAGAUGACACACUAGURAGUGCCCGUGGUAGACACAUUCUGGAUGGRGGAUCAGGUGCRGAUACCUAUUUAGUUUAUGGUCCUACAGUCACAGAUUAUUUGACAAUCUCAGUGCUCAUGGGAGAAGACGGAAGUACCAUUCGAUGUUCAACAACCAUAUAUGGAGAAUGGAAAGAAUCAGAAAAACAGCUUCAUAUCGACAUGUURCAAGAUGACCAUGCCGAAGURCUUUUGAACACUGUCGAGAUUGUCCCAGGAGAAGGUGAACAAGCUGAAAACUUGGGGACUAUCUCCAAAGACAGCGCUAACAGAAAAUUGAUAUUUUCACCAGGCUCAAAUUUUAACGAUUUACAUAGAAACACAGCUAAAGUYGUCCGAGUUAAAGUCACAACGAAAGGAAGUASGGCGACGAUAAAAGAAGARGAUUUUGGAAACCAACUACGUUUUGACUCCAUAACCAGUUUUGAUGACUUAWCUCCUGUGAUUGAAAAURAUAAACUUGUAUUCAAAGACAAGUCCAGCCCACCAMAAACUGUUUUAAUUGACGAAGAAUGGGGAAGAAAACUCAUUAGUGGAGUCACGACAAAUUUGUUUGAUCUGAUUUUGGACUUUGCAAAGCGCUUUUCACUARUAYUAUUUCGAAAAAACGACAAGGAAUUCGAUCGYAUAACACCAMAAGAUUUGGUAGAGGGUCUUUAYGAAMAGUUGAAACAUCAUGAAACUGACCUUGAACAACCGUUUGACACAAUUCUUGAUUCUACAAGUCUUCCAUCUGGUACUGGCCAAGUAAUCAAUGUUGGAAAUGGUGCAAAUGUUGUUCUUGCCAAGACAAGAGGUAAAACAUACAAACUYGGUGACAAAUCGUCUGGAAGCUUCAUCGUCGCUGAUAAGUUCACUGGGGGYUCAGGAAAUGUCGUUGUCGAAGGAGGAACUGAUCGUARUAGCCUCAAYACACUGGUUGUCGGAGUUGGAUCUGGUGGAGUGGUAAACAAUCACUUGGGUCCACAUACGGUUAUCGUUACCGGUGCCACACUGGACGAAUUACAAUUUAAGUGUGAAAAUACUCUGUGUAUCAAGGACUCCCAGCAAAACAAACUUAUUGAUUCAUGGUAUGAUUCUAAUUGCAAGAGGCURCUCUUCAAGAAAGAAGGAAAAACACAGAUUGUAGUAAACGGUCAAGGCUUUCUAACUGAAAAGKCGUUUGGUUCAAGAAAUGCGUAUCCCAUCAUCAUUUCUCAUGGUACCAAUUUGAAACUUAAGCUUGAACUUCCAUUCCAAAAAGACGACGCAGUUAUUGAUUUUAAAAACGACAAAGGCCUUCUGUGGAUCAUUUUCAAGAAUCCGAAUUUAAGAGAUUUCCACUUUUGGCGCCACCCGUACUUGGCUAUUGAGGCAGAAGAACGGCAAUCUGGACAAAUUGAUGCCCAGGUUGUAGUCAAUGCUGUCAAGACCCGGUUCAAAUCUGGAUUAAAGUUCACUGGUGCUGGUGGUGAUAUUUCAAAUUAUCAGAUCUGCCAGUUUGUCAUUGAUGCGUCAAGAAGAUCAAGGCCUAGGUCAUUUACCAUUGCCAAUAUAGAUGACGUAUCAUGUUGAUCGAUGAUAACCAAUGUACCAAAGGUACAACCAAAAAAAGAAGGACUCGAUUUAUAACAGAAUAAACAUAGGAAAUUGCAUGGUGAAUAAAACUUAAAAUUGGAUUGGUGCAAAGAAACAAGCUGCAUGCAAAUAGAAGAUAGAAUAAAAAAGCAUAAAGGCGCAKAAAACACCUGACGAAAAAGGUCGUUGAAAUGGAGCAUGUCGAAGAGAAGAAAGACUGCAUGAUCAAAAACAGAGGUAAUAAUUGUAAAUUCUGCYAGUACAAUCAAUUCAAAUAAAAGCUCAGUUCUGCUGA